ACAAAAUGGAGGAUGGCACCGAAAAGCCAAUUGCCUUCUCCUCAAGGACGCUAGCACUAGCAGAGAGAAACUAUUCCCAACUAGAAAAAGAAGAUCACCAGCCACUGCGACACUUGUUCGGGGAGAAAAAAGGGAUCCCCAUCAUGGCAGCAUCACGAAUACAACGCUGGGCACUAACACUGAGUGCUUAUGAAUAUUCUAUCGAGUACUGCCCAGGGAAAAAC